UCCAGGUUGGUUCAGCCCCCGUCUACUCCGGGGUGGUGCUUAGCCGGCGCCAGACCGACCCUCGACUUCGGAGGGGCAGUGCCGUUCCUCUGGGCGCUUCCUCGGCGGCCGCUUCGGCUCCUUCAGCCUCCUCGGCCUCCUCGGCCUCCUCAGCCUCCGCCGGGACCCGAGACCUCGGUGUAUGCCCCACCCCUGACCCCGCUAGAGAUAUGUCCACCCCGGCUCGGCGGCGCCUCAUGAGGGACUUCAAGAGGUUGCAGGAGGAUCCUCCAGCUGGAGUCAGCGGGGCUCCGUCCGAGAACAACAUAAUGGUUUGGAACGCGGUCAUUUUCGGGCCUGAAGGGACCCCGUUUGAGGAUGGAACAUUUAAGCUUACAAUAGAAUUCACUGAAGAAUAUCCAAAUAAACCACCUACGGUUAGAUUUGUCUCUAAGAUGUUUCAUCCAAAUGUCUAUGCAGAUGGUAGUAUAUGUCUGGACAUACUUCAGAACCGCUGGAGUCCAACCUAUGAUGUGUCUUCCAUUUUAACAUCCAUACAGUCCCUAUUGGAUGAACCCAAUCCCAAUAGUCCAGCAAACAGCCAGGCUGCUCAGCUGUACCAGGAGAACAAGCGGGAGUAUGAAAAACGUGUUUCUGCGAUAGUAGAACAGAGCUGGCGUGACUGUUGACCCGGGUGCAGCAGAAGAAGAGGCUGGUCAUAAGGAAAAUAUAUAUUGAUGUGUUUGUCACCUUCCUGUUCCUCAAUGUCAUUACAUUACUUUAUUAAAAGCAAAAUAGCUGUC